UCACAUGCGCCUGAAACACCACGAGAGUUGCGAAAACAUUUUAUGGAGGGUCAGGAUGCUGAUGGCUCAAUGUCACGGAGUUUUACCAGCACGUAGACGGACAUGAUUCAACUUUAAAGCCGCGAUGUCGUCAAGUUGGGAAAUUUGAAAUAAUCUGCAUUGAGGCUGUGACCUCUUGAUGUCCCAUUUUUAGCCAUUUGUCCUCUGGUUCACCAUGUCCUCCCAGAUUUGUAGAGUGGUGGAGCUGAUGCUCCGAUCUGGUUGCUGCCAGACGAUCAGACGUCAAUCCUGUGUGCACAAGGCAGUUUUGGCCCCCGUGGGCCCGUCUUGCUUUGGGGUUCUUGGAGCCCCUUUGCUUCAUAGAAGGGCCUACAGCAUGGACACUUUAUCUUCAGGUCCUGGUCGGCCAGCGCUUCCAAGCACCCAACAGCCUCGCUCAGAGAGGACAUCACCCUCAUCCUCACUUACACACAGAAACUUGUCUGCCGUAGCUGUACAGGGCCAGUGUCGUCCUCUGUGCCGAUUCGACUUCCUGAACAUUGGGGAGGUAGAAGAGAAUCUUAACCGUAUUCAAGCCAGUAAAAAAAACAGGACAAAAAGACUCUUCAUAGUUGAUCCAGACAUAGCUAAUCUGGUAACACAACAUCUAGGACCUAAUCUACAGGAUACCAAGUCUGUUAUCUUUGAGUGUAACCCAGGUCCUGCCGUGUUGACAAAGACACUAUUAAAUGCUGGCGCUCAAAGAGUUGUGGCUCUCGAGGGUAAUAGUUCCUUCCUACAUGAUCUACAGGAGCUGGAGGGUCAACUUGAUGGUCAGCUUGAAGUGGUGCACUGUGACUACUUUAGACUAGAUCCCAUCGGUGCGGGCAUCAUGAAACCCCCAACAAUGACCACUGAAGAUUUGUUCACUGACCUGGGAAUUUCAGAAGCUUCUUGGACUGAUGACGUCCCUGUGAAGGUCGUGGGAAUCAUGCCGCAGAUCAAUGAGCAUGGCUUGCUGCUGAAGAUGAUAUACUCUCUGUUUGAACGGCUGUCUGUCUACAGAUACGGAAGAAUAGAGCUCAACCUCUUCAUAAGCGAGAAGGAAUACCUGAAAAUGGUGUCUUGUCCUGGUCAAAUGGCACAUUACAGAGCCUUCAGUGUCCUCUGGCAGAUGGCCUGUGAGAUCGAACUGCUGCACAAGGAGCCCUGGGACUCAUUUGUGUCUUCAAAACAAACAAAUAAUGUACCAAACACCAAAAGCACGCUUCCAAAUGACCACCUGUGCCUGGUGUGCCUGCGUCCACGGGCUGAUCUGUUCUCUGGAGGCCUCACUCCCUCCAAUGCUUCAACUCUGCUAAUGAUGAUCAAACAGUGUUUGGCAAAAAGGAAAGCCAAGCUCAUUGACUUGCUCAAUCUCUGGUCUCCAGAUAGCGGAAGUAAGUUGUUAUCAGAGAUAUGCCUGCAAGAGGACAUACUGACAGGCCACGUUUAUCCAGAGGAGUAUCUUCGACUGUUCCAACUGAUGGACAAGAGCCAGGAGUUUACACAAAGCUGGCUUUACGAAGAGAUGAUGGCGAACACACAGAGAGAUGGGUGGGCCUAAAAUCUAGACAAACAGGUCACAGACGUAGACAUACACAACAUAACCAUAAAAGUUAGAUACAUAUACUGAUGAUGUAAUAAAUAUAUAAGAAUAUUAUGAUAUGUGAUGAAAAUAGAUAAAAACAAAAUUUUUUAAGAAAGGAUCAUAAAUUGUGAUGUGAAUGAAGUGAUCGCUUUUGGGACAAUGGAAGAAGUGUGACUGAGAAAAAAUCACAACUGAACUGAGAAUAAUGAGAUUUUAAAUUUGAGUUGUAAAAUCAGUAGGCUUCGUUGUCACCUUUCAUGUAACCAGGAGCAGAAAGAAUGUUUCCUGGAAUUAAAAGAUUUAACUUCUAUUAGGAUAAAUGUGUCAAUAUUUGGUUAAAUCUAUUUUUUCAAUACAACAGCGCCUUGUGGAGGAAAAAACUUGUACUGCUUGUACUAUAUUGCGACAGCAUUUUCACUAUACACUGGUAUUAAUUUUGCAAACUGCCUUCUUAAAGAGAGCAGCAGUGCUGGCGACAGUUUUCCACUGUAUAGCUUCAAGUCUUGUAUGUUUUUGUAUAGCCAUUGCGUGUGCAUAAGCUUGUCUAAGUGUUUAAAUGUCAUGUUUUAUGAUAUGUGUGAGCUGUGUAUCUAAUAUAAUUUGUGAACGGGUAAUUAAAUAUGGAUUUUCACAUGAGAAACAAAAUGCGGUGUAAUUUUAGCAUACGCCAUCAUCAGUGCUCUUCUUUUGAGGAGUCCAGCCUUGCUUUAUCUAUUACUUUACUUCUCUGAUUAAAUACAUUGAAGACUUGGUGAUUGUAUGUCGGCCAUGUGUGUUUUGAGCAUUUCUUUGAAAUAAUGCAUCCAAAUGGCAUAAAAGAACCUGGUUUCAAGUAAUGCACGUAAAGCAAUAAUACCUGUGAAUCACGAAAUAGAGUAUGAAAUAAAUUAUUUUACAAUAAAA